UUCUAGCUUCACAAACAAGCCACACCCACUGCGUUGCCAAAGAUACCAGAAUGUGUUGUCAAGUCAACGCUGCGCGAGCGUUCUCAGACCGAGUGGUCACGCAAAAGAGUAGUAGCUGUUAUGGACGUGACGCUUAAUUUGAAGUCUCUUCAGUUUGAAAGUGGACUCAGUGAAGAAGAGAAGGAGUGCGUGUUUCUGCGCAGUCGCUCCUCGGCGUUAGCGGUGUGUGGCUGUGCGCAUGCGGGGUUUCUCUGCAGACUCGUGGCCUUAGCCAGGAAUAAAUUAAACCACCUAACCAAUAAAUCAGACCUGCAGCCAGUGAAGAUUGGCAUUAUUGGAGGUGGGCACGUGGGCAAACAGCUGGCACUGCUUUUAUUGACUAUACCAGGGUUUAAACCAUCUAACAUUAACAUGUCAACUAAAAGACCAGACACACUGAGUGAUUUCUCAGACAGAGGGGUGAAGUGUUACUUUGAUAACCGCAGACUGGCCACAUGGGCAGACGUGAUCUUCCUCUGCGUUCUUCCCUCUCAUCUUCGUCACGUGUGUGCUGAGCUUCACUCUCAGCUGCCUGCACGCUGCCUAGUGUACAGCUUCACCUCAGCAGUGCAAGUACACAGGUUGGAAUUACUUCUUGGUCACACAUUUAUUCUCAGACCUCAGUACGGAUUUAUGACCUGUGAUUCGGGUGACUUGUGGCUCCGCCAUAAUCAAGUGGCAGCAGCUCUAAAGGACGAAGAGGUUCUGAGUGCAUCAUGCCCACUUUCACUGACUGGUGGUCUCUCUUUGGAUCAGAGGUGGGUGUCUGCUGUGCUCUACACUCUCCUCAAUAUGUGCACUACUGAGGGACUGAGAGCCAGCCAAACCGUCCAACUUCUCAAUGAGCUGUUUCAGACAACAAGCCCAACCGUAACUCUCACCUGCCAAAGCUAUGUCAACUCAUCCUGGGCAUCUAAACUUCAUAACUCUGAGGAGCCUUUCCCCUGGAUUAACUUGGUUGAUGUACAGACAAAACAGUCUCCUUUGACUUCAUGUCUGUCAGGAUGUAAAGCUUUACAAGACUGCAUUUCUGUGAUGUAUCAAAAAACAUUUUCUGGCUGAAUUUAAAGAAUGAAACAAAGACAAUGUGUAAGGAACCAAUUUCACAACAACAGUUUUACAGUUAUUAACUGUGUAAUGUUUUGGCUAUAUAUACCAGUUGCCUCAGUAGAUUAUAUGUAAACCACAAUGUUAAAAUAAGGUUAGGAUAAUUAGGCUCAUGAGAAUAGUGCGAGUCUCUCAGUGGCACUGAAAUAGUUCUGUAGCUCUCUGGAUAUUUAGUACCAUUUGGGGCCUAAUUACACUGACUAUACAAGUGUACAAUUUAUUUGUUUUUUAGCAAAUGUCACAUACUAAAAAAACUAAAAAUACAUGAUUUCAACAUGAUUAUGCUUUUGCGACUGGCUGAAUGUUAUUUAUGGAUUUUUCAUUCAUUACUUAUUGGGUCACAUGUUCUUUAGGAAGUUCAACAACAAAAGAAAAAGACAGACAUGCUUAUAUAAUUCUCAUUUGUAAUAUAUUUGUAUACUUAUUUAAUUUAUUGAAGGUGCUACGUAUGCCUAUACUACUAUAUAAAAUAUCUGACUGCUACAUCA